AGUCACAUUUUCCAAAAGGUCAGAAGAUAAACACCAGUUACCUACGUCGUUUUGAGAGGACUCAAAAAUUGUUUUAAAAGGCAAGAUGUCAACAGUCGCAGCCUCGUUCUGUGCCAAGUGUCCGGGCGGAAGGUGUGGCUGUACAGGUUCGGCUUGCUGUAGCACCAACUGUAGAUGUCCCGGAUGUAAGGUCAACUGCGGUUGCUUCUCUGCAAAGAGUGCGAACUGUCCCGAUGGAAUUUGCCAGAUGGGAGCUGCGUGCGGGUGUGGCUGUAAGUGCAGCGCCGCAUGCACUUGUCCUAACUGUAAGGCCGGAUGCAAAUGUGGAGGCACCAACUUCGUGUGCUCCGCUCAAUGCCAGUCAGGACAAUGUUGCGGAACCAAAGCAUGUCGGUGCAGCGGCAGGUGUCCAUGCCCAACAUGCAGGUGUAACUGUGUGUCUGGAUCAUGCAAGUGUGGUAUGCUCUGUACUGGACCCAGCACCUGUAGGUGUGCUGCAGGCUGCACGUGUAAGCUGUAAGCGAUGACGUCUUCGGCAAAAUCACAAACCAAAUGGGACUAGCGAUGCUACACCUGUUAACAUUGCAUGCGGACAUUUCGAUAGACAUUUCAGUUUAAAUAUCCGUGAUUUGCGAUUGUCUCUGAUAUUCUUCACUAUCAACUGGAGAUAUAAUAUCAAGCGAUCUUUAACUAUUAGUCUUGCUAUCCAAUUAAUGUCAAAUAUUUUGGAAAAACAAAAUUAAUGAAAAUAAAUUAUUGCAUACACUU